AUGAAGCUUCACGCCACGGCCAUUGUCUGCAUGACAGUUCUCCUGGCCCUGCCGGCCUCGACGUCGCCUGUCCGCCGCUCUGUUUUGUUUCUGUCUGGGAGCAGCAGCAGCGGACGCGAGGCCUCGCUCGACCUCGACACGGUGACCUACACCAUUGCCCCCUACAGCUUCGCGACGACGGGCACCAGCUCGGCAGAGGCCAUCACGGGAACUGGGGCCGAGUCGUCGCUGCCGUCGGUCGAGUCGUAUGAAUCUGCGCCCGCGUCGACCUACAGCUCUUCGCUGGUCGUCACCUCGUCGGCCGACGCUCUGAGCGCGAGCAGCUCGACGUCGCCGUCGGCCACGACCGUCACCACCUGGCUGUCGGAGGCUGUGACCAUCACGACAACGCUGUGGGUGUCGCCGUCGCCGUCGUCGUCAUCGUCGUCGACCACCCCCAAGUACACCUGCACCGUCAACGAGGCGACGACGCUCACGCGCACUGCCUUUGUCACAGCUACGGCCACAGUGAUGGUCUCCAAGACGAGCACCGGCAGCAACACCAACACCAGCACUGUGCCGGUCCCGUCGACCUUUGUCACGCAGCCGUGGUCGCUGACGGUCCCGUGGACCAACAGCUCCGCCUCGAUCCAGACUUGGACGGCGCUGGCAGCUUCGGGUGCCAUCACCGGCGGGAAGCAGCCGCACGGGAAUGCGACGCAUACCUGGGCCACCCUGACGGCAUCCUGCUCCGAGGACACGGCGACCGGCGGUGCUCUGCGGACCAAGGCGACGUCGCUGAGCCAGUCGCGACCGUUUGCCAACGCGACGACGACGACGACGACGACGACAGAGAUGACGCUGACCAAGGACACAGCCUCGUGGACGUCGGCCACAAAGCACGAGAAGCCCACGACGACGCUGGAGAUGUACCACUGA